UUUGUAUCUGAUCAUCUCAUCUGUUCAGUUGGGGAAUAUCCCCGCCAUUGACAAUCUUUAAUACACGAUUUGAAUGCUUUAAGUUGCAAUACUGUGUUCCUAUCUAUUCUUUUCCUCUCUAUUCUUAACAAACUAAAAUGGCUUCUCAAGUUCUUCGUCGUUCUCUCUCUACAGCUUCUACUCAAUCCACGCUUAAAAUCGGUUUGAUCCCUGCCGACGGUAUUGGACGAGAAGUGAUUCCUGCCGCUCGUCAAGUUUUAGAAGCUUUGAAAUCUGGACCUCAAUUCGAAUUUGUUGACUUAGAUGCAGGUUUUGAAUACUUCCAAAAGACCGGUACUUCUUUACCACAAAAAACCAUUGAUACUUUGAAGAGCGAGUGUCAUGGAGCUCUCUUUGGUGCUGUCAGUUCGCCUUCUCACAAGGUAGCUGGUUACUCCUCUCCUAUUGUCGCUUUACGUAAGCAUCUGGAUUUAUAUGCCAACGUUCGCCCCGUCAAGUCAGUAGAGUCACCCGCUUUUCCCAGUCAGAAAUUGUUGGAUAUGUUGAUUAUCCGUGAAAACACAGAAUGUUUGUAUAUUAAAUCUGAAAGAGAAGAGGUAGAUCCCAAGACCGGUCUUCGAGUCGCCUGGGCUGAUCGUAAAAUUACCGAAUUCGCCUCCCGUCGAAUUGGUGAUAUGGCUUUCCGCAUGGCUUUGACUCGUCAAAAAUUACGUUCAGAAAUACCUGUCGCCAACCGUUUCUGGAAGCAUAAUCCUAAAGUCACCAUCGUUCACAAAUCUAAUGUUCUCUCUGUAACCGAUGGUUUAUGGCGUGAGACUGUUCGUGGUACGCAACUCCCUGGUGUGGAUAUGGAAGAACAACUUGUCGAUUCCAUGGUCUACCGUAUGUUCCGCGAGCCCGAAGCUUUUGAUGUUGUUGUCGCUCCCAAUUUGUACGGUGACAUUUUAUCAGAUGGUGCUGCUGCUCUUGUCGGUUCCCUAGGUGUUGUUCCUUCCGCUAACGUCGGUGACAAUUUUGUCAUGGGCGAGCCUGUACAUGGAUCUGCACCCGAUAUUGCUGGAAAGGGCAUCGCUAAUCCUAUCGCUUCCAUCCGAUCUGCUGGUAUGUUGUUAGAGCAUAUGGGCUAUACUUCUCAAGCCUUAAAGAUCUACGAGGCUGUGGAUCAAGUGCUGGCUGAUGCUACGGUAUUGACACCUGAUUUGGGUGGUAAGAGCUCUACUCAGGAUGUAACAGAUGCUGUUCUCAAAAAUUUGUAGGGUAUAUGCCUAUAUUCUAAACUGUAUCUAUAUUGACCAAAAGAAAAGAUGUAUAUAAAUAGUCGCGCUCACCGGUAUUUUCUCGCUUUUGCUGAAACUAUACGUAUACGCUGUAAUUCUAAAGUAUAAUCCAUAACAAAUAAUGAUGUAACUAUCAUUCAGCUUAAAUAAUAAAUAAGCUUAUGCAC